AGUGCUGCGCCUGAAUCUGUAUUAGCAGGCCAGUCUGUUAAUAAGUUUCCUUGUCCAGGUUUUAUUACAUUUGCAGGGUUUGGAUUGCCUCCUCCUGUUGUUGAUUCAGUACAUGUAUCUGGUGGCGUUCUUUGUCCAUUAUGCCAGUUGCUUGGGAAUAUACAGUUAAAGUGUUCUUCUAUUUCAAAGUCGUCUGCUGUUGGGUUAGCUACUAUUGUUGCCAUAUCAUCUAUUUUUUGGUAUCCUGAGUAUUUACUUCUAGUAAAGAAUCCAGUUAAUUUUGGCCAGUUUUGUCCAUUAAAUUUCAUUCCGUCCAUGACUUUAGUAAAGUCUAUUUUUUCUAAAGAUGGGAAUUCGGUUGUUGUUCCAUCUUCUAGUUGUAAUCCAUCUGAUUGUAAUAAUAAUAAUAAUGCUGUUUCGUCUUUUACUAUGUGA